CAUUUGUCUGCUAUACUAAUGACGGUCGGUCUCCACCAGCCAAAGGCUAAUGAUCUUGAAAUUGUGUAAAAAUUGUAUUCAUACAAUACAUUGUGUAAAGUAAACGACAUAAAAGGUAAAUCAUGAAAUACAUUUAUCAGCCGCAGUAAAAAAACACACAAAAUAAUUAACAAUUCACCAACGUGCUGUUAACAAACCCACGCAGUAGAGAAAACAGAUUUACAAAAUAAAAGUUUGUUUAAAUAAAAAUAUACAUAUUUAUUUAUUUGCUGCAAUUAGUGUCGUUAUUUCGUGUUAAAAUACUAAAAAAAUUACUCAAACAAAAAAAAAAAAAAAAAAAUGGAAAUUGUCAGCCAAGUUCAUUGUUUGUAUGAGUAAUACAAUAUUACAAAUCCGAAACUGAAAAACACAAUUAAAAUGCCAGCCGGUGAUUUUUGUUUUCAUCUUAUCAUCAUCAACCACAAAUGAGAAAAAAAAUUAAAAUACUAUAAUUUUGUAAGCACAAUAAAUUACGGGCGGCAAACAAUACAAAAAGGUGAAAAGCGCAUUUUUUGCAAUUUGCAAGCAAGUCAGUCAAACAUUUUAACACCAUAUACAAAACACCAACAACAAAUGGUCAGUGGGCCCGUAAUUUUUAAUAAACAAUCGUUGUCUUUGUAUUCCUUGACUUCUAAAAUGGCGUCAAUAAUCUUGAUGACGAUCGCUUAGAAUCUCUUGUUAACACAAAUGAGUCAAACAACCAUAUGAUCAUUUAGCUGUUUAAAAAUGCUAAAAUAAACACAAAUUUCAAAUGAACAGAUACGUGACAUGUAAAUCGUUUUGAAAAAAAAAACCAAACAAAGUUAUAAAUAAAAAAAGCUAAUUUAAAUACUUUACAACAAAUCGAAAAAAAGAACAAAAAUAAAUUCAUUCAUAAAAAAACGAACAAAAAUUAAAAUCUUAUACUCUCUUAAACAAGAAAAAAGAGAAGAGUAAAACAAUUAAAAAAAAAAACACAACAAUGAAUUCAUCACAUUUGGUAACUCCAAUGAAUACUCAUCAUCCACAUCAUCACAAUACAACCCAUCAUCCACAUGUGCCCACCAACAGCACGUAUACAUCAAAAAUGCCCACAUCGAACAACAGCAACCAACAGACAACCACAACAACAAUGCACAAUUAUAAUCCACAUGAUCAACAUGCCGGUCUCUCCGGUUCUACUUUAGUAAACAAAUCGAAUAAUUCCACCACCAACACAUCAACAACAAAUACACAACAAAAUAUAGCUAACAAUGUGGGGGCUGGUCUUUCCUCAACAACGACCGCAUCAUCAUCGACGCCAACAAAUACUAACACAUCAUAUAAAUUUGCGCCUGCACGUAGACUAGCUGCUAGGCAGACUUUACGUUUGGCCAUACCCAAACAACCGGGUGAUUCACAACUACAUUCUCAGCUAAACUCAACGGCACCAGCUAUGACGGGGAAUAAUAAUAGUCUAGCAACACAAUUUAAACAUUCAUCGCCUUCACAGUUACCGCCAGCUCCCAUACUGAAAAGAACAACCCUUAAUACCCCCAAUUAUUCCUCAACUCCUACUUCAAUUUCACAAAAUUCCCAUAUACCGAAAUCAGCCUCUCCUUUAGAGUCUCAUCAUUUACCCAAUGUUUUACAUCAUUCUACUACACCCAUCUGUACGGCAGCUACUCCCUCAAGUGGGGGCAGUAAUAAGUUUUUACGUGUUCGUAAUCCCAGCAUAACAUUAAAUUCUUCCGAUGUCUGUGGUAAUAAUGAUUUGUUUGCUUUCGCUAAGGAAUUCUCCUCGCCAGCGGUGGGAGGGGGAGAUCAUUCCCCGAUAUUUGCGGAAAUUGCCUCUUCAAUAUCACCCUCUACAGCUAGCUCGGGAUCACCUACAAAUCACUUGAGUCGUUUGUUUAAUUUGAGCCCCUCAACUUUACGGAGUUAUGGAAAUAUGUCAGAUUUUUCGGAUAGUUCACAGAGCGGUGUCAUUAGUCCGGCUACAUCGUUUAUUGAAAAUUUCCAUAAGAAAAAUGGUACAGCUGCCUCAUCGGCCAAUAGUUCACCCAGUAUUAGUACAAUGGGGUCAACAUCACCGGCCAUUAAUGGUGGCAGUGGUGUUGGCGGUGGCGGUGGUGGGGUAGUUAUAGGCAACAACAAUAGCAGUAUGGUUAUACCAACAACAGGGAAUUCAUUGGCCAGUACAUCAACAAUGGGUCGUCAAAUAAAUACUAGUUCUAGUUCAAGCAGUAGUGUUAAGGAAACAUCAUCACAACAGGUGAGUGAAAAUGAAUCAACGAAAA